AUGCCCCUCUGGCAAAUCUACUCCCCCCCUGGCACCUUCACCUCCACUACCAAAUCCACUUUCGUAACCGACAUCACCAAAUUCUACACCUCCAUCGGCCUCCCCGCCUUCUACGUGGUCGUGCAAUUCCACGAGCUCAGCCCGGAAGACGUCUUCGUGGGCGGGCAAGCCACCACCACGUCAACAAAGCCCUUUGUGAGGGUGGUUAUCACGCACAUCGCCAUCCACUCGCCGGACAACGACGACGCGUACCGGCGGACGACGGCCCGGCUGGAUCAGGUGUUGAAUAAGCAUGUCCUGGAACGGGGCUUCGGGCUGGAAUAUCAUGUUGAGGAGACGGAGCGGCGGCUUUGGAAGAUUGAUGGGAUGAUCCCGCCGCCAUGGAGGAGUGAGGAGGAGAAGCUCUGGGUGAGGGAGAACCGAGCGGUGGAGUAUGAGGGGGCUUAU